AUGCCAUUGACGUUUUUCUCAUUUCAAAAUUUUCAUAAUCCCUACAUUCUAAUUCGUCUUCCCCAAAAUCCAAACAGAGCUCGCUCAACAAUGGAGCUUGGGCUCGCCAUCUUCAUCCUAGCUUUAGCAUUUCUAUCCACCAUUGCUCAUUCAAUCCGUUUCGAGCUCGAAUCGGGUCACACAAAAUGCAUAGGAGAGGACAUCAAAAUCAAUUCCAUGACAGUCGGUCAGUACUCCAUUGUUAAUCCAAAUGAAGGACAUCCAUUGCCUGAACAUCACAAGAUCACUGUCAGGUUGUUUUCCGGGAGCGGAAACCGCCAGCACUAUGCGGAAGCGGUAGAAUCAGGAGAAUUCGCGCUUCGCGUUGUUGAAGAUGGCGAUCAUUUAGUUUGCUUUUCCGCCAUUGAUCACCAACCGGCCGUUAACAUCUCUGUGGAAUUCAAUUGGGGAUCCGGUGUGGCUGCUAAAGGUUGGUCUAAUGUCGCGAAGAAAGGUUCAGUAGAUGCGAUGCAAUUAGAACUAAAGAAAAUUGAGGACAUGGUUGCUGGGAUUCAUGAGGAGAUGUUGUAUCUUCGGAAAAGAGAACGAGAAAUGGAAAAGCUAAACAGGAAGACGAACACUAAACUGGGUUCGUUCAGUUUGGUUUCGUUGUUUAUGUGUUUGUCUGUUGCAGGAUUGCAGCUAUGGCACUUGAAGACGUUUUUUGAAAAGAAGAAGAUUAUUUGAUUUUUUUUAAAAUAAAAUAUUUUAAGAAUGUUGGGUUCGGGUAUCAUGUAUGGGUUUUGUUCACAACAUGGC